AUGGCAGCUUUACCUGUAUGUACCACUACAUCACGCAGAGACUGGGCAGCCCUGCGCGAGACAAGCGCUUUGGGAGAAUCCAGGCCUUCACGAGCAUGCCACAUGGUUGGGUCAAGGAGGUUUGUGAACUUUUUUGCCACCGCCGGUGCUGGUGCUUGCUGGGCGAUACACCGUUCCAGCAAGCACAAGACUCGCGGCACCCGAGCCGUGUCGCGAGCCUCGCACGUGCCCCAAGCUGUGCGACUUGUCUCUGUGAAGGGAAAGCAGCUGGUUAUCGAUGAUGCGAGUCUCUUCAGUCUUGUGACAGCGCUGAAGGCUUCACCCUGCAGUCACAUAGCGGUGAUUUCGAUAGCAGGCGCUCUGAGACAAGGCAAGUCCUUCUUCCUGGACUUGUUUGCAAGGUACUUGGAGUCUUCUGACGGCUGGUUGGCAGAAUCUCUGCUGGACCACCAGCGAUUUCAUUGGAGCUCGGGGAUGGAGCGAGUCACUGAUGGCGUUUGGGUUUGCCCACAGGUCUUUCAGGUGCCGAGCUCUGAGAAGACGCGAGUUGGUAUUUUGCUCAUGGACACUCAAGGCACAUACGAGCCCGGAGCGACCCGCUGGCAGAACGACUCGUUGCUUGGACUGGCUGGGCUGUUGUCUUCAACGCUCCUUUUCAAUAUUUCCAAGCAGCUCCAAGAGGACACCGUUGAAGAUCUACAAGCCGCAAUGGACAUGUUACACAUGACCUGUCGCCACAAAGGUCGACCGCCACCCCCCUCAGACUCCAGAAAUCUGACAUUCUUGGUACGGGAUUGGGCUCACGCAGAUCACGAUGAGCUGCACUUUGAAGAUGACUUGGCCACAAAUCAACGGCUACCAAUGAACGACCAGGAACAAAGUGUCCUGGCAAGCUUUGUGCAUUCAACCACAGCAGGGCAGGGCUUGGGGCAGUUCUUCGAAUCGCUACACUGCCGAACGCUGCCACACCCAGGCCACAUUGACAGACCUUGUUGGACUGGCGUUAGUUCCGACGUUUCUUCUGGUUUUAUCAACAAGUGCAGGAAGCUAUUUGACACCCUCGCUCAUGCAGCCAGUGCGCAGACCGGUGCUGCCAUUCGAGUGCAAGAUUUUGAGCAGACAUUGAAGGAAUCCGUCAUCCUCUUGAACUCUACUCAAGACUUGACAGAAGGCAAGAGUCGCAGUGCGGUGCUGUCAGAUCUCAGCAUGUUGAACGCCGUGGAUCGAGCCCGGUCCAGCUAUCGGGCCAAUAUGUACCGGGCAGGUGCUCUGAUGAAGGGGAAAGCUAUUCCUCAGAUCCUGCUUGGCGAGGUGGCUGGUACACGGGCCUUGGUGGCGGAGGGUCUUGCUGCGGCGCAUCGUGACUCCGUCGCAGUUGCCCAAGACGAGUUGCGGCGACUGGCUUUGUUCUCCGACGACUGUGCACUAGCUCAAAGUGCCAGUGAAUUGGAGGAGGAGCUGGAAAAGGAGCUGCCCCGCUUGCAGGAAGAGAAUCGGCAGUGGAACCAGCAGAGGUUGAAUGGUCUGGCUGAAAUGACGCUGGCUGCAGUCACAGUGUCCGGCUUGGUUCCACCAGCCGCACCGGGGAUUGCUGCUGUCAUGGUGCCUGCUUACGGGCUUCAGCUGUGGCGAUUCAAGAUUGCUGGCGGGGACUUCAUGGCCAAUUCGAUUGAGCUGCACAAAGCCAUGCUGCGAACGGAGCGCAAGUGGGCAAAGGACAAGAUCUCACCUGAGAAACACUCAUGA